GGUUUACGGAUGCUGCAAUCGGCGCCUUACCGGGGGGUCCGCUGCUUAAUCGAUCCCACGGUAUCCGCAAUGUACCAAAGGGAUGAGGUGGGGUGGUUUUCGUCUCUGAGCCGCAUGGCAGUCGUCCAAGGUCAACCCAUUUGGUCACCCUGGCAGCUUUCUUUUCGGACCGUCGAGAUGCAUCCAUGACCCGGGAGUUCUUGCAGAAGUAUCCGUAAUAAGGCACGAGUAGUUCCAUCUGGCCCUAGCAAUCGGGUGCUCUCUCUACUCAUUGCGACUUGGGAGCAGGCCAUGUGUCUGGGCUCCAGGUGCUGUGGUGCUUCGUUAGAUUAUGAGUCUUGAAACUUUGAACUCGACAUUCGCCUUGCAAUUGACAAGACAGUACGUAACUACACCUUAUCCCAGCUCCGCCUGCCAAAAUUCACCAAAUUGCCCGCGGCGGGGUACCCUCGUUCAAUGCGAUAACCAUCAUGACGGCGAAAUCAAAUGCCAAAUUGCGCAGCGGACUCUAGAGACAUUCGCCAUGGCUCAGAACCCCUCAUUAGCUUCGGCAGUCAAGGUGCCCAUCCUGCUGCUCAAGACAAAGUCAACUCCAGGCGACUCGUAUGAAGACCUACUCUCACGUGAAAGUGAUGGGUGUGCCUUUGAACCAGCUUUUGUCCCUGUUCUGCACCACACCUUUCAGGAACAGGGUUUGGCGACGGUCAGGCAUGUCUUGCAGCAACGUGGGAUCAAUCCUGGUACCGAUGCCUCCUACGGCGGUCUCAUUUUCACCUCGCAGCGAGCGGUGGAGGCGUUUGCCAGCCUGGUAGAUGAGAGGAAGGGCACUGAAGAAGACUGGCCUCAUCCCCAAAAUAUACCAGUCUACAGCGUUGGCCCGGCCACCACACGAGCUCUCCAGUCUGUCUCACCGCACGCCCCGUUGCAGAUAUUCGGCGAGCACACGGGCAAUGGCGAUGCCCUGGCCAAGUAUAUUAUGGACCAUUACGGCCAAUGGUACCAAGACCGGCCGACGAAGCCACCGCUGCUCUUCCUCGUUGGCGAACAGAGGCGGGACAUCAUCCCCAAAACCCUCAUGGAUACCACUUUGCCCAGCGGAAAAAGGAUACAGGUAGAUGAGGUCGUGGUCUACGGUACGGGUGUCAUGGAGUCUUUCCCUCAAGACUUUGAGAAACACCUGAAGGAUACCGAGGACCGGCCGACGCGAUGGGUGGUUGUCUUCUCCCCGACUGGCUGUGAAGGCAUGCUGCGCGGGCUGGGGAUGCUGGACGAGUCCACGGGGAAGGUCAAGAAGGAUGGACUUGAGGGACGCCAAACGUUCAUUGCAACGAUAGGCCCGACGACGAGGGACUAUCUCAGACGAACGUUCGACUUGGACCCAGAUGUUUGUGCUGAAGAGCCAAGCCCAGCAGGCGUCCAGCGAGGAAUCCUUAAUUUCAUGGGAAAGCAGACAUAACAUCUUUCUGAAAAUAUGCAACAAGAUAAAAACG